AGUUUGCCUCUCUGUGUGUGCAUUGGCUUGCGCGUGGUAUGUGUGGUGUAGGCGUUGGUUGCGUGAAUGACGCCAGUGAACAAUGUGGUGUGUGCUGUUAAAAUGUGUCGAACGGCGGGAUAAAGGGCCGCAUCGGUGAGCCGGCUUUUGCCGUACAGUGCGGUGACUGCAUCGUUGGAAUUGCAAGGCUCCUGCUGCGGAAGACGCGACGCAGCGAUGGCAGACCCGUGCCCGUCGACCCCGAGCUUACGCGGCGCCUAAAUUGAUUCCGCUCGGACCAUGAGCCGCGACAAACCCUCGCUCGUGUCGAGGCUCCCCAAGUUCGGCUACGGAGGCGCCGCCAAAGCCCGAGGACCUGACGACGCCGCCGCCGCCGCCGCCAGCGAUGACGGAGACGAGAAGAGGUCGAGGCCCUCGCUCGCCUCCGCCUUUGGAUUCCGCGGCAAGAAGAACGACGUCGCGAGGAGGCCGACGGCCGGCAUUGCCGCUGCCGGCGAAGCGGAGCGGAGAGAGGCCGAGCCGGCGCCGCGGGCGGCUCCCGACGCGGACGCCGCCAACGGAGGCCCCGGCUCGGACGAUCGGGGCGUCGCCCGGCCGCCGCCCGUCCGCUCCCCGCCAAAGCCGCGGGUCGCCCGGCAGGCGUUCGGCUUCGCCGGGCCGGCGCGGACGACGAGGGCCCCGGUGAGGUCGGUCGCGGAAGAGCUGCGGGAGGCGUCGGAGGACCGGCACCGAGCGCGCUCCAGCAGCGACUGCGAGCGGCGCGGCGCGGGCGACCCCGGCGAGUGCCGCAGUCGAACCGAGAGCAUCAAGUCGGAGGCCGGCAGCUCGAGCAGCCUGGGUGACGACGGCUUCCCGCCCGAGACGGCGCUCACGCGGGCGCAGAGCUUCUCGCACGCGCUCGCGUCGCCCGCGACGCCCGCGUCGACCGCCUCGGGGCAGCUCCAGCCCCUCGCCGGUCGGCUCCAGCGGUCCAAGUCCAUGUCGAAGGCGCUGCAGGCGCAGCCGGGGCACGGCGGCGCGGCCUCGCGCCACCGCUUCGGCCGGCCGAACAACGCUUCGCAGCCGAACCUCGCGCAGGCCGGCCGGACGAGGCCCAGGGGCGCCGUCGCCGCGCGACCCCCCGGCCCGCUCAGGGGCCCCGCGAGGAGCUCGCCGGCGGAUGCGGACGAGGCGUCGGCCGUCGCGAGCUUCAUCCCAUCGUCGGCGCUGAGGAAGCCGAGGUUGCCCGGGUUCGCCGCGCCCGGCGCCAACGGCAGGGCCGCGGCCGGGCGAGGAGGCCCACUUGCCGCGAAGCCGGCGAGCCCGAAACCCAGCGGGGCUCCGGGAGCCGGGAUCGGCGCUCGCGCGGAGCCGCACGCGGGAGGUCGAGGCGGGGGUCCGAACGACGUCACUGCUGCCGAUGGGGGAGGUGCGGAAGUGCAGGUGGACUCGGAGAGCCCCCCCGAGGAGGCCGACAGGAGCGAAACUGCGUCGCUGCGGGACAGCGAGUCGAGCGAGACCAUCGCUCCGCUCCACGGGGCCCACGGCGCCGUUUGCCACGACACGGUUCUCGACCCCGCCGAGGUCACCGGCUCGGACGGCGGCGACGGCGGCGGUGACGACGGCGAUGGCGGUGACGCGGACGACCCGGUGGAUCGGAGCGACGCCGAUCCGGCAGGAGACGGGGAAGAGCCGAUAGGGAGGGGGGAGACGGACGGGAGUGGCGGUUCCGUGGACAGGAACAGUCCGGAUGCCUCGAGGCGUCAGCCGUCCUGCGAGCUCGAUGAUGAUGACCUCAUGCUUGAACUCGAUUUUCCGGAUGAAGCCUCUCUGCUGGCGGCAGCCGCGGAAGCCGAGGGCACGGAUGGAGUGAGGGCGGCUGAGAUGAGGGGCCACGGUCGAGGAGAAGCACGGAGGGAGGCGCGCUCACACUGGAGGUCCCACGGCGGAAGGUCCGUGGAUGGCGGAACGUCCGCGGCGGUGGCGUCACCGGGAGCCGGGAUUCCCCCGCGUGCCACGGGCGGCCCCCACGCGCGAUCGCCGGCGCCCCCGGGAGAGACGGCCGCUCGCGACGGCUCGGCGGGCGCCACGUGGAGGAGCGAGCGCGGCGACGGAGGCCGCUUCUUCCCCUCCAACGCCAACGCCGCCGGCACCGCCGGCGCCGGACUGGACCCCGCGUUCCUGCGGCACCUCGUGCAGGACUGCACCGGCAUGAAGACGCUGCUGCUCAAGCUGAAGCGAGCGCUGCAGGAGGACGAGGAGCUUGUUUCUGGGAGCAGAACGCAAACGUCUUUGAACUGUCAGUCAGAAGGGCAGGAGAAGACGCACGACAAGCGCACUGCUUGCAACGCGCGGUGCAAAAAGAAGUUCAGCGACGCGGCGACGGACGAGGUGACCCGGCUACGGGGGCAGCUGAGAGCGAGGGAGGAGGAGAACGCUCGGUUGAAGGCAGAGCUGGCUCGUCUGAGGCCGGACGGCGUGGCGGGGCCAGACGGCGUGGCGGAGCCGGGAGCUGCGGCGACGGAGGAAAAGUCCACGCAGACGGAACGACGGCGCCGGUCCUCGCUCAAACCAUCGCCUCCUCCCAGUGCUCAGGGCAACAGCGCGACUGGAAAUCCGCAAAGGCCGGCGCUCACCGGGGACCCCAGUGACGCCAACGGUGCCGCCCCGCCCCGCGCCGCCGAGGGCGCCCGGGAGGCCGCUUGCCGCGAGGACGAGCCGAGCGCCCUCCUCAGCGCCAAGCUGCGCAUCGACGGGGGCGACGGCGCUGGCGACGCGCCCCCCGUCGCCGGCCGCCCCUCGGGCCGCUUCACGGUCGCGCAGCACCGCGCGUGCCGGCCGCCCUGGCCGCAGCACGGCCACCGGGGCCACGGGCACGCGCGGGCUCCCCCCGGACCGCCGCCCGUCGACGAACCCCGGGCGCCGUUCGUCUCCGGGGACGAGCGGCCCCGACGCGGGGACCCCCCCGACGCCGCCGCGCCGUCCGUGGCCGUGCGGCCGAGGCCGCUCGCGUGGGACGCGCCCGGGGUCCCGCCCGGGGUGGCGGGGGCCCUCCCCGGUCACCCCGCCGCGCCGGUCGCCGCGAUCCCCGGUCGGCAGACGCACCGCCCGGCGGCGCCCGCGGGCGAGCGCGGGCCGCCCCCGCGGCCGCCCGGCACGCGGGAGGAUGCCGGGGCUUUCCCGGCCGCCCCCGGGGCGCCGGGCGGCGCGUGGGGCCAGCACGCGGUGCCGUCGGCAGGCGCCGGCCACGGCGACGCGGAGCCGCACCGGGGGGCGGAGGGCAGCGCGCGACCGGGGCCCGUGCCGGGGCCCGUGCCCCGGCACGGGCGGAGCCACCGGGCCCCAGUCGCGGCUGCCGAAGCCGCGGUCGUGAGCGGGGCGACCGUUUGA